AUGGCAAUGGAGAAGAUUCUUAACAAGCUUGCCGCACCAGUUUGCCGGGACCAGAACAUGGUCGCAUGUGAACCAAACCUUGCUGAAUACCAGAGAGAGCUUGACUACGCCCUCAUAGAGGCUGCCAAAGCGGACGCUCAUUCAUCUGAAGUGAUGAAGUUCCUUCUCGAAGCUGGUGCGGAUAUUGACAGUGAGGCGAAUUCCUACAUCGUCGCACAGGCUUGGUAUAAUGCUCUUGACGAAGAAGUACCGAGUCUUUUCAGGUCAAAAGUGGAAUUCUUCAUUCGACAUGGCAUCGAUCGUACGAGAGUUUGGUCGUGGUUGAACGGCUUACAAACACCAAUGCAGUUUAUCCGAACAGAACUUCACCGUUCCUGCCGGUACACGACCGAUGGCAGCUUGUUUAUCCCCAAAGCCCUAUAUCUCCUCAAUUUUCUUGCGUCUCGUGGAUACCUGCACUGGCCAAAGGUCAUCGGCAUGUUAGGGAUUACGACGAAAACAAACAAGUUGAAUCUCAUUUUCUCUGAUACGGACGUGCUAAUUCGGCGGCUUCAACCAGCACCAUGCCAACAUGUUCUUUAG